GAUACCACCAGUCACAGGCCCGAAGAUGAUGGUGCUGGUGCACUUGUCCCAGCAGGCGAACAUCCAGGUCCUAAAGCCCUAGCCCUAGGCGAACAUCAUGGUGAGGAUACCGCCAGUCACAGGCCCGAAGAUGAUGGUGCUGCUGCACUUGUCCCAGCAGGCGAACAUCCAGGUCCUAAAGCCCUAGCCCUAGGCGAACAUCAUGGUGAGGAUACCGCCAGUCACAGGCCCGAAGAUGAUGGUGCUGGUGCACUUGUCCCAGCAGGCGAACAUCCAGUGAAAACAGUGUUUCCUUCAAUCUCUCGAGGUCAACAUAUGCUAGACAUUGAGGGCCGAAUGGACAUGGUGAAGCCAAAAGGUGAAGAGCAGCAGAAGCUUCCGGAUGGCCGCGAAGAGACAAGAUCAGUGAAGAAGAAGCGGGCAGUGGAGAAAGAUCCGCUAGAGAGAGAGGACUCACAGAAGGGCACUAUUUGCACCUUCUCCGUUGUGCUGAAGAGCACGAAAGCCUGCUGCGAGAUUCAGAGUGCAGUCGAAGCACCUUCUCAGCACAAGGGUCAGAAAGAGGACGCACAGUGGAAAGGUCCUGCUUCGGCCAAGGAGUGUACUUCCCGGACCAGCCGUGGAAAGCAUCCGGCACAACCGGCAAAGCCCACACUGCCGAGGAGCGCCUUAGUGUCCUUGACGGGCCAUCCGCCCAGCUCCGAGAAGGUGUCAAAGCAGAAGCACGAGGACGAGGCUCGAAAUCCUACAGACUACAGCAAGGACAAGGAGACGACGGACAUCGCACAGCUAGCCAACGGCUCGGCCCGAAGGCCCGAUUUGUCGGCCAUUCCAACAUCUUGGCAAAGGCAACAAAGGCGCCGUCUGAGCCAGAGCAGCACGCCAAAGUCGACAACAUCCGGCCCCAAUUCGGACGAGCUGUCGGUGGAAAAGCUUCUUCUUGAUCAGUGCCACAAGCCAAAAGUCACCUUGUAUCACAUGCGGGAGAGGGUGCCUGCCAUGGAGAAAGCUGGCAAGGAAGAGGACCUGGCCCGAUUCAAGAAUCACUUGGCGGCCCUUCAUGCGGCAGAGGCUCUUCGGCCUUCAUCCGUCGGCAAACUCGAGGAUGACCACAUUGGCCAGCAUCUUCUCACACUUCAACCCUUCUGGCCAGGCCCGCUGCCAUUGGUUACUUGCAAGGGACUGGUGCAAAGAAGGUGUGAGAGAUUGACGGCAGGCACGAAUAAGAACAUUGCUCGUUGCUUUGAGGUUCUGUGGCCCAAGUUGUCCGAAAACCUCUUCAAUGCAGAAGAGGCCCGAGUGGCAACCCUGGCAAUGAGUCAGGAGGACAAGGUCACAUUUGCACACGACAUUGUUGUGUCUUACUGUCUGCCGGAGAUGAUGCAAAACGAUGAUGUGGCUGGCCUGCAAGAGCUAAGCGAGACAAUGCUGCAGAAGUCUGCGGAUGAGCCCGAGUUGAUGAAAAUUGAGAAGGCAAAGCUCAUGGUGCAAACGGUCCGAGCAGUGGGUGCUUUGGUGCAGAGCCUGCCGGUGAGAGAUGAUCAGCUGGAGGCAUGGACCAAACGGAAGCACAAUCCAGUGCUGUCCAUUGCAGCCACCUCCAAGGUGGCGAAGCUCCUUCAGAGCGCCGCCUGGAGGAAAAGGUUGGACCGAUUCUGGUUGGGCGCGAGUACCCAGGUGCUGCAUGAGCCCGUGGUCCGAGACUGCUUGGAAGAUUUGAAGGGCGGUGAUGAAGAGAAGCUGGAUGCAGCCUGGGCCGACUUACAAGCCAAUUGGGGGGCCUGGUCUCGAGAGUUGAACACUGAGACUCUGGCUUUUUUGGCUGAGGCAGUCCAAAAGCAUUUGGCACUCGAUUUGCAGAAGCUUCAUUCAAGGCUGCUGCAUGCAGAAGAGUCUGAACCGGAAGACACUGCAGAUGCAAGGGCAGCAGAGCUGGUCCGAGUCUUCAACCUUCGAGAGGGCUGGGCCAGGAAAGUCGCGAUCCUGGGUCAGAGCUUUUCUCUAGAAAGAGAGAACUUCCAGUCUACCAUCGACAAGCUCAAUGUGCGACUGAGAAGUCGCAAAGCACUGGCUUGGCUCGAUGCUGCACUGGACCCAGGAAAAGAACUUUCGCCGGAAGAUGUGGAGUCUGCUACAGCGGCACUUUGCCACGUGGGUAUUGCCGGCAAAAGCACCGAGGCCCGAGCCUGGUUGGACCGACUGGUCAAUGAUCCGGCUCUGGGAAUUGCAACGUGCGAGCUGGCAAUUGCGGUGGUGAAAGCUAUGAUGAUUCCACAGGAUUCAGAGCAGCUGCCGAGGCUUUCAAAGACUCUGACAGGGUUGAAGAUUGAACACCAUGUGUCGUCCGGGCCCGGUCAUGACAUCGAAAGCCUCAGUGCCCUGAUCAAGUCUUGGGAUGACUUGCAAGUGGCAUCAUAUAAAGAUCUCGAGGAGGCAGUUGCCAAGGCCCGAGUUUGUCUACAGACGAGCAGCCAUGAUGCAUUCCGCGUGCAGCUGCAAAGUUCAUUCCAGGCCUUCUCGGACCUGAAGCUUCAUGCAGGAGGGACCGACAGCGGCGGAAACUGGAAGGCUGAUUUGCCCAGCGGCCCGAGCGGCCCGACAUGGGAUGCGCUGUGCACACUUGCAAGGCAGACAGUGCUCAGGGACCGACUCCGACCAUUCCACAAGGACUUGGACAAGCAUUUUGCUUCAGUCCAGAAGUCCUUCGCCGAGCUGCAGGAGGCACUGUCGUGGCCAGAUCUGCCGGCUGAGGCCCAGGAGGCCCGAGAUCUUCUUGCUCAGGGGCCUGAGGUUUUCCAGCUCGCACGGAUCACCGGGACCGAGGUCUAUUUCAUGGAGACCAUUCUGUUGGUCCGAUCCGACAGGCAUAGGCCCCGAUUGAAGAAGCGGCUCGACUCGCUGAAGGAGUUCGAUGUGCCUGUGAAGCAGGUGCAUCCUUUGAUUUGGCAGAAGGUCAAUGAAAUCCUAGGCGAGGAGUAG